AUGUUCCUCAGGGGCGGCAGCCCUUUCGCAGCCAAGAAGAGUGCGCCUGCAGACCACCCGGCCGACCAGCCUGCUAGUGCGCCCGGCCGCAUAGGCCAGAUCUCUCAGGUGAUCGGCGCCGUGGUCGAUGUCCAAUUCGAGGGCGAAAUUCCCCCAAUUCUGAACGCCUUGGAGGUCAGUGGCACCGAGCACCGGCUGGUGCUGGAGGUUGCCCAGCACCUGGGCGACUCGAGGGUCCGGACCAUCGCCAUGGACUCGACGGAAGGACUGGUGCGGGGCCAGGACGUGACGGACACAGGGGCCCCUAUCACCAUCCCGGUGGGGCCUGAGACGCUGGGACGGAUCAUGAACGUGAUCGGGGACCCCAUCGACGAGAAGGGCCCCAUUUCCGCCAAGAAGUUCUACCCGAUCCACAGGGAUGCGCCAGCCUUCGACGAGCAGGGCUCGGGAGCAGAGAUCCUGAUCACGGGCAUCAAGGUGGUGGACCUGCUGGCCCCCUACGCCAGGGGUGGCAAGAUCGGACUGUUCGGCGGGGCGGGCGUCGGCAAGACCGUCGUCAUCCAGGAGCUGAUCAACAAUGUGGCUAAGGCGCAUGGCGGGUACUCCGUCUUCGCGGGGGUGGGGGAACGCACCAGGGAGGGCAACGACCUGUACCACGAGAUGAUCGAGUCCGGCGUCAUCAAGAUCGACGGGCCUGGGUCCCGCUGCGCCCUCAUUUACGGGCAGAUGAACGAGCCCCCCGGAGCCCGCGCCAGAGUGGGGCUGACGGGGCUGACAGUGGCAGAGUAUUUCCGUGACGAAGAGGGGAAGGACGUGCUGCUGUUCAUCGACAACAUCUUCCGGUUCACGCAGGCCUGCUCCGAGGUGUCCGCCCUGCUCGGCCGCAUUCCCUCCGCAGUCGGCUACCAGCCCACCCUUGCCACUGACUUGGGCGCCUUGCAGGAGCGCAUCACCACCACCAAAAAAGGCUCUAUCACCUCAGUGCAGGCCAUCUACGUGCCUGCCGACGACUUGACCGACCCUGCCCCCGCGACGACCUUCGCGUUCUUGGACGCCACGACUGUGCUGUCGCGAGGCCUGACCGAGCUGGGGAUCUACCCGGCCGUGGACCCGCUGGACUCGACCAGCCGUAUCCUGGACCCAGUGAUCGUGGGAGAACGGCACUACACGGUGGCGCGAGGAGUACAGAAGCUGCUGCAGGACUACAAGUCACUGCAGGACAUCAUCGCCAUCUUGGGGAUGGACGAGCUGUCCGAGGAAGACAAGAUCACGGUGGCGCGGGCCCGGAAGGUGCAGAAGUUCCUCUCGCAGCCGUUCUUCAUGAGCGAGAUCUUCACUGGGCGCAAGGGCAAGUUCGUGGCCCUGAAGGACACCAUCGACGGGUUCGCGGCGCUGCUGGAGGGCAAGGGGGACGACUACCCCGAGACCGCCUUCUACAUGCAGGGCGUGCUGGAGGACGCCUUCGAAGAGGGCAAGCGCCUGGCCAUGCAGACUGCCAAAUGA